UAAUUGCUGUAAACAAAUUAAUCUAAUCCAUAAUAGCUAAUUAAGAGCUCAGAAUAUUAAUUAAUGGCUGAAGUGGUAGCAGCUGAGAAGAUUAGAUGGCUACCAGUUCCAAGAGUACAACAACUUGCAAGCCAGCAACUUGAGACUGUGCCUGUUAUGUAUGUGAUGGAUGACAUCCACGACAUCAUCAUCACCGUUGAUCCCAACCAGUCGCUUUGUGUGCCACUGAUUGAUAUGACCAAGCUGGAAAACCCAGAGUCCCAAGCUAUGGAAGUUUAUAAGCUUCACUCUGCAUGCAAAGAGUGGGGUAUAUUUCAGUUGAUAAACCAUGGAGUUUCAGAUGAAUCACUAAGAAACAUGAGGAAGAAAGUUAAAGAAUUUUUUGAGCUUCCAUUAACUGAGAAGGAAGGUUGGGCACAGAAGCCAGGAAGCAGUGAAGGGUAUGGUCAGCUCUUUGUAACAUCAGAACACCAGAAGCUCCCCUGGAAUGACAUGGUCUUCCUCAAAGUUAUUCCCUUUGAAAGCACAAAAUUUGAGUUUUGGCCUGCAAAACCUCAUCAAUUCAGAGAAACAUUGGUGAGUUACAUUGAAGGCAUGAGAGAGGUUACAGUUUCUAUAAUGAAAUAUAUGGCUAUGGGGCUAAAGAUUAUAGAUGAAGAAUUUUAUGAAACUUAUAAAGAAGGGACAUAUGACAUGAGGAUGAAUCUAUAUCCAGCUUGUCCAGAACCUGAGAAAGCUAUUGGGAUACACCCACAUAUUGAUGUCCAUGGGAUCACUCUCUUGUUGGAAUGUGCUGACAGUCCACAAAUUCCAGGCUUACACGUUCUUAAGGACAGCCACUGGGUCUUCGUUCAGCCUAUAGAAGGUGCCCUUGUGGUAGACAUUGGAGGGAUUAUGGAGAUAAUGAGCAAUGGAAUAUACAAAGCACCACUGCAUAGAGCAGUAGUAAACAAAACAAAGGAGAGGCUUUCAAUAGUAACUGUAUGCAAUCCUAGUCCAUCUCUCAGUAUUGGUCCUGCCAAAGAACUUACCAUGUCUGGAAGCCCAGCAUUGUACAAGAGUGUGACGAUUGAAGAAUAUUUUGAGUGCUUUUACAGUUCAAAAUAUGGGAUCCCAUUCAUUGAUAGACUCAAAAUAUGAUGUUGUAAUAUUAUGACAGCAAAAAUAAUAAUCAUGAUGAUCAUGAACCUAAACUUUCUAAUGAAUCUGGUGAUAAUAAUGUAAUAUAAAGACAAUUUUAAAUAAAGACAAUGGAUCUUUUUGUUUUUAGU